UAAAGAGAAGGUGUGUAAAAAAGUUAUAUUGCGGGUUAAAAGUAAAAUUUCAGUUUCUGUGAAGUAAUUCCAAAAAAGUAAAUAAAAUUUACUAAUAAUCAUAAAUAUACUGAAAAGAGUUUAUGGAAUAUGAUAAAAUAAAAUAAUUUGUUGAAUUCAUUACCAACAAUACAAGCUUAUAUAAUUCAAAAUUGAGUGACCAUCAGCAGCAUCUCUACAAAAUUGAACCAAAAAAUAAACAAUAGCCCGGUACGAACAUAAGCGUGCAAGUACCUACUAAUUAACAUUAAUUGCUGCGUGGUCAGUCGGUGAGUCGUCAGUGAGGUAAACCACGCCACACCACUGUUAUCAUCAUCAUGGAGACUGAAUCAUUAAAUCGGAAAAAUUCAUCGCGGAAAAGUUCCGUUGUAAAUGGAAAUGGUGAAGCUGCACCAAAGGUGGAAGCCGAUGGGGGCGGUGAAGUGACACUGAAGGCCAAAAUGAGCCUUAUCAACGGGUGUACCGUUAUUGUUGGAUCCAUUAUCGGUUCGGGUAUUUUUGUAUCGCCCACAGGUGUCCUCAUGUAUACCGGCAGUGUAAAUUUGGCUCUCAUUGUUUGGGUGGUAUCCGGCAUUUUUUCAAUGGUUGGUGCUUAUUGCUAUGCGGAAUUGGGCACAAUGAUUACAAAGUCCGGCGCUGAUUAUGCCUAUAUCAUGGAAACGUUUGGUCCAUUUAUGGCUUUCAUACGUUUGUGGAUUGAGUGUAUGAUUGUGCGGCCGUGCUCACAGGCAAUUGUGGCGCUCACAUUCAGUGUGUAUGUGCUGAAACCAUUCUUCCCGGAAUGUACACCGCCCGAAGAUGCAGCCCGACUGUUAGCUGUGUGUUGUAUAUGUAUCCUGACAUUUGUCAACUGUUGGGACGUUAAAUGGGCGACUGCUGUGCAGGAUAUUUUCACAUAUGCCAAACUGUUGGCCUUGUUUAUUAUCAUUGCAUCGGGCAUUUACCAACUCUACUUGGGCCAUACGGAAUAUUUUACAUUUGAAAAUACGGAUACACGAGUCACGUCACUGGCGCUUUCGUUUUACUCAGGAUUAUUUGCCUACAAUGGAUGGAACUACCUUAAUUUCAUCAUUGAAGAAUUGAAAGAUCCCGUUAAGAAUUUGCCUCGUGCCAUUGCUAUUUCCUGUGUAUUGGUAACACUAGUUUAUGUCUUGGCCAAUGUUUCGUUCUACACCAUUUUGUCACCCGAUGAAGUUUUGGGAUCUCAAGCUGUUGCCGUAACCUAUGCCGAAAGAGCUUUUGGUGUUAUUGCAUGGACCAUUCCAGUGUUUGUGGCUCUUUCAACAUUCGGUGCUGUAAAUGGUAUUCUCUUGACCUCAUCCCGUUUGUUCUAUGCCGGUGCCAAUGAGGGUCAAAUGCCUGAAAUUUUAACUAUGAUCCAGAUACAGAGAUUUACACCCACCCCUGCUGUCCUGGCCAUGGCUUUGUUGUCGAUGUUAUAUUUGACAGUUUCGGAUAUCUUUGCCCUUAUCAACUAUGUGGGCUUUGCAACAUGGUUAAGUAUUGGUGUUGCCGUUCUGUGCUUGCCUUGGUUACGUUGGGCCCAACCCAAUUUGCCCCGUCCCAUCCGUGUCCCCUUAGUCUUCCCCAUCGUUUAUUUGUUGGCCACAGUUUUUGUCACCGUCGUACCCAUGUAUGCCAGUCCUGUUGAGACCGGCUAUGGCAUUCUCAUGAUCAUGUCCAGUAUACCCGUUUAUUUGGUAUUUAUUGCGUGGAAAAACAAACCAAUGUGGUUCCAAAAGACUAUGGGUGGAUUUACCCAAGCAUUACAGAAAAUGAUGAUGGUUGUUCGACCAAAAAGUUCCUCAAAGUAAGUCUAACAAGGUUUCUGCAGAAAGUUCUCAUGGUCCUUGGAAAGACUAAACCAGCUCAGGUGUAAAACAAAAUAGAAUUUGGCAAAUGAAAUGAUGAACCGGCAACCCCCCUUAGAUACAGUGAGAGACAUAUGGAUGCAAAACAAACAAGCAAAUACAAUAAUAACGAGAAAAGCUGCUUUCAAACCGAAACAAAAACACAAAAUGGCAUUUACAUAUAGUUUUUUAUGUUUAUAAAAAAAAUCUAAGGCUUUUAUUAUGAGUUUUUUAUUUAAUUUUAUAAUUUCUUUUUACAAGAGGAUUUAUUUUUCAUUAAAGAAAAUCAAUAAUAUGUGAUUUUGAUUUAAUAACAAAUCGUAAAAAUCGUGGAAAACGAGAAAUUAUUUUGUGUUACCCCAAUAGAAUGACAUUACUUUUUAUAUAAAGAAAUGCUUUUUUAAUUAUAGUUUUAAAAGUUAAGUUAAACAAAUAGAUUAUGUUUAAAUAAAAUAAGAAGGACAUCUCGAAUGAUAUAUUUUUUGUAAAGAAAUGUUUAGCUAUAUUCCAUGAAAGUAUGAAAGCUGAACUUAACUGCCAUUAGAAGAGAAUACAACUCCUACUUAACAAAAACACAUAACUUUUUAUGAGAAAUAGAACUAGCAAAGGAUUUGUCUGAUAACAACAUAAAUACACACCCAUACCUGUUAAUGGACCACAUAAAUUAAAAUGUGCCCCUAAUCCAUCCCGCUCGAGUAUUAACCAAAACCCAACAUCAUUUGAACAUCACAAAACAUAUCCUCAAAUAACCACAGAUACCUUGAAAUUUGCUACUCCCAGAUAAAUUGUAGAAGAGAGAAUGUUUUUGUUAUGAAUAUAUGUUACAAAAAAAAACAAAAAUACAAAAAAUACAAACAGCAAUAAUUACAUACAUAACAUAAAUGUUUAUUUAUUAAAAUGUUACAAAUAUUUGUUUAAAGUUUAAAAAGAAAGCAAGAGAAAGGCAAAUAAAACACACAAUAUAUUGAGAGGAUGCUACAUUUAUGUGGAGAGGUAUUUGAGGUGAUUCUUCCUUCUAAAACUAACUUUUCUGAAAUUUUAUUCAUUUGAUUUUUUCCGAAGAGGAUUCUGGCUCCAUAUUAUAUUUAAAAUAAAACUGGCGAUUGAAAGCAUUGAAAUUUAUAACUAUUUUAAUCAAAUACAAAAUUUAACUUAACAUUUUAUGAAGAUAAUUAUCGAGAUUUUUAGGGCUAUCAAUGAUUUUAAAACGUAGAGUCUAUUUUCAAAUGUUAAAGCUGAUAUGCAUAUAGAUAAUUUAUAUAUGAAGCAUAAUAAUCUUACUAUCGUGCAUGUCAUUGGAACGGAAUGAUACCUAUAAUGUCCAUAUCUGCUUAGUAGGUCAGGGUGUAACCCGGGUCAUGGACCCAGACUUUUGGGUCAAAUAUCCGGGUAUCCAGGUCCGUCCCCCAAGAAAAA